AUGAUUACCUUACUGGGCAAGAGAAAGAAUAUGCAUGCUCGCUUAAAGUCGGUACUACACAUUCAGAUUGGAAGAGACAUGCGUAACCAAUCUGCAAGGAGACAGAGCCGCAUCGGUGUGCUUUUGCCUGACCAAGGGCGACUUCGCGCCCCAAGAGGCCUUUCGACUUGUCAGAUCACCCUUGGACGCUUAGGUACUGCGGUCUCCGUCAACUACCCAUGCAUGAGUAGCCGCUCGCGUAGUUGGUUGGGUUGGUGGCCCAAGAAACUUGCUGAUGACUCCAAAAAUGGCAUAUCCUACAGCAGCAACAAUGGGUCAAGCGAAGACCUUGCAUUGGAGCCACAGCCGAAGCACCCUCUCAGCCAUCUACGCCCCGCAGCAAGCCUUUCCCAUCGUGUGCCGUCUCUUGACAAGCUCUUCCCUCGACGCCCAACUACGAAUGCGUUACUGCAAGCUACGCACCCUCACGAUUAG